GUCUCAUCAGAACAGGGUCAAGAAAACAAACAUGGCGGUUUCCAGUGUUUUCAGACCGGGUUUGUUCGACCAUAAAGUUGCAAUAGUAACAGGUGGAGGGACCGGUAUCGGUAAAGCUAUCUCUGCAGAGCUGCUGGAGCUGGGCUGCAAUGUGGUGAUCUCCAGUAGAAAACUGGAGAGGUUGGAGACAGCAGCCAAGGAGAUGAGACAGAAAAUCCCAACCUCCAGCCCCGCACGUGUCACUCCCAUGAUCUGCAACAUCCGUAAUGAAGAUGAGGUGAAAACUCUUGUAUCAUCGGUGCUGAAGCAGUACGGCCGCAUAGAUUUUUUGGUGAACAAUGGAGGAGGUCAGUUCAGCAGUCCAGUAGAACACAUGUCCUCUAAAGGCUGGAAGGCCGUGAUAGACACAAACCUGACUGGAACCUUCCACUGCUGUCAGGAAGUCUACACAGCAUGGAUGAAACAACAUGGAGGGGUGAUCAUCAACAUUAUCGCCGACAUGUGGAAAGGUUUCCCAGGCAUGGCCCACACGGGAGCAGCGAGGGCAGCAGUGGAUAACUUAACGAAGAGUCUGGCCAUCGAGUGGGCAGCCUCAGGAGUCAGAGUCAAUGCUGUUGCACCUGGUACCAUUUUUUCCAAAACUGCCAUGGAGAACUAUAAGGAGCUUGGACCAAACCUUUUCAAAAUGUCUGUUCCAUUUAGUCCUGCAAAGAGACUUGGAGUGCCAGAAGAGAUCUCCUCAGCAGUUUGUUUCCUGCUCUCUCCUGCCGCCUCCUACAUCUCAGGGGCCACCCUGAGGGUCGAUGCGGGGCAGAGUCUGUACCACUCCAUGUGGGAGAUACCCAACCACCGUGCAUGGCCUGAGGCUCCAGAAGGGGAAAACCUGGACUCUCUGAAGGACCUGCUCAACCCACAAAGCAAACUCUAAUGCAGUUUUGUAUCAUGUUCUGACUCCAGUGCAUUAAACCACACAAACACCUGUCCAGUGAGCAUAAUACAGACACCGCAAGCACUGUCACAGAGACCAGAUACCGUCGUGGCCUUGUUAUAAGAUGUGAUUUCUAAUGUAAUUCAUGUGGUUCAUCUGUUAUAUUGUAUGUAAUUAAUAUCAACAUGUGUGUGUGAUUAUUUUUCUGAGUAAUUAUUUGUGACGACAAACUUUUAUUAUGAAUGUAGAAUACCUUCUGAUUAAAUAUUUUUCUGUU